AUGCCAGAACCUCUCCGAAAACUUUCGUCCAUCUUCCAAAGGACAGAGGAGCUGAUCACUGUGAAGGAAUGCAUUAUCUCUGAACGUUUCCAUCUUUCUACCAGAAUUUUUUCAGUUUUCUACAAAAUGGAUGAGGCUGACCCAGAUCCCGGGCUGUUUGGCAGAUUUCUGACUCUACAAAUUGCUCACAGUGUGCUGUCAACAAAGUAUAUAGAAAAAGUUCUAGAGAAGCUCCAGAGACUGGUCACAAAUAUCAAAUGGAGCCCCGGCGACGUCUCCGGUUUGUUCAAUGCUCUUCUGAAGCGAUUCGAGAGCCUUUCUGAAAAUGACAAACCCCAUCUUGUCAGAUGGCUGAUGCAAAUGUUACACUGCAUCGAAGUGAACGAUAUAACGUCCAGCUGGAGAUCCAAAUCAGGAAAGACUCUUCUCGAGGUGAUAAAGGACAAAAAUGUAACUGAUGAGGAACUCAAGGAACAGUUGGAGAACGAGGAAGAGAAGACAUUGGACGAGAUCCUUGAGGAAAUCCGACGUGAAAAGUUUAACCAGGUGGACGAAAGGCUUCUACAGGACGUGAGAGAUAUCGUCAUGUCCGUUCAUGAAAACCAUCCGAUAAACAAUGACGGAUGUCGGCGGAGCGAGCUUAAAAAGACCUUGCAGAGGAUCUGCGAGGCGGUGCAAAAAACAGCCCAGUACAGACCUCGGCUUACGCAGAUGGUGAGCUGGAGCCUCAUGGCUCUGUCUGAAACAGGACGGCUACUUCAGGUGGGCACGGGGGAAGGGAAGUCAUGCAUCGUGGCGAUGUUCGCCGCGUUUCGGGCCAUGAGGGGAGAAAAAGUAGACAUCAUGUCCAGUUCGCCAGUCCUAGCACUGCGAGAUCUGGAGGAUUGGAGGGGAUUCUACAAAGAGCUGAAAAUCAGCGUGGACUCCAACAUCAACAAACAAGAAGCCGACUUAAAAAAAUGCUUCAAAAACCAAGUUGUUUACGGCACUGUAGAAGAGUUUGCUGGAGACUGGCUUCGGGACCGCUUCCAAAGAAUGGAAAUAUUUGGAGAGCGGACAUUCCAGUGUGCGAUCGUGGAUGAAGUUGAUUCGUUGAUGCUUGACAAGGGCCAUCAUGUGGUGUACAUAGGGAGUGAAAUGCCUGCUUUGCAGCACCUCAACCCUCUGUUGGCUUCCAUUUGGGCCACAGUUAAUCAGUUUAAGGAGAUCAGUGGAGGGAAUACCGUAGGGCAAAAAUACCACUUUCAUCAGGUUGUAGUGGAGCAAUUAAAGGACAAACAAAUUGGUGAGUUUGAUGUUCUUCAAAUAGCAGAGGAAGCUGGUGUACUGCCCAAAGGGUCGGUCCGAGAAAUAAGAAGGAAUCCCAGCCUUUUAACAGAGAAAACUGUGAAUGUUUCUCCUGAGAAGCUCAAUGAUUUCUUCAAAACAGUGGAGAGUAAAUUCCCAUCCUGCCGGUUUGCUCUGUUUGGCAUGAACAGAAACGGAGAGCUGAAAGAGUUGAAUGUAAUGCCACAAGGAGAGAAUGGGAUGAGACCAGUACCCCUGCUGUUGACUGAGGGAGGCUUCUGCCAGUACAUGUACCCCAACAAAGACAGUGCCGAGAAAGCUGCAGAAGAACAAAUAAGAGCUGCUCUGUGUUUCACUCCAUGUGAGCUGAAAAACUCCGACAGCCUCUGCUACGUCCCGGGGUUCCUCUCAGAUCUGGUCCAAUCCAAGCUAAAGGCUUGGAUCGAAAAUGCCUUCCAUGCACAAAUCAUGCAAAUGGAUCAUGAAUACGUCCUGGAGAAACACGGAAUAGUGCCAGUGGAUUACAGCUGCACAGGCGUCGUUGAAAACUUCAUGAAGUGGACAGACGGCCUGCAACAGUUCCUAGAGAUGAAGCAUGGGUUUAAGCUGAGUGACGUAACAGCUAUCACCAACUACAUGUCCAGUGUUGGCUUGCUUCAAAAGUAUGGAAGUCAGAUCUACGGAAUGUCAGGGACUCUGGGCCAACAAGCAGAGAAAGAGACUUUGCAAGGAAUCUACGAGGGCAUCACAACCUGUAAGAUACCUUCUUUCAUACGCAGAAAGCUGUUUGAGGUGGAAGGAGUGGUCCUGACAGAUGAAAACCAAUGGGUGAAGAAAAUCUGUGACGUAGUGGCUGAGCAAACCAAGGCCACACCGUACAGGAGUCAGAGGGCAGUUCUGCUCAUCUGUGAGACGAUCAAGCGAGCAAAGACCAUUCAACAAGCUUUAGGAGCUGAGGUUCCAAAGAAAAGCCUUUAUGUUAACAACAACAUGGACAACAGUGCAAUUUUUGCCAAGAAUCUUGGGCCAGGAGAAGUCAUCAUAGCAACAAAUCUCGCAGGUCGUGGAACAGACCUUCGGAUUUCAGAUUCAGUUAAAAAGGCUGGAGGUUUGUUGGUUGUGCAGACCUUCCUACCCAAGAAUGCUCGAGUAGAGGCUCAGGCCUUCGGCCGUGCGGGGAGACAAGGCUCUCCUGGGUCAGCUCAGCUCAUAGUCUGCUCCAGUCACCUGUCACAGCCACAGCAAUUAGUAGUUUUGACAAGGAAACUUAUGUCUGCCUUUGAAGAACUGCUAGACGUCGGCUCAUUAGGGCAACAUGUGUUUGUGAGGUGCUUCAGACAUUAUCUUAGAAGCGGGAAUGGCGACCAACGUAAAGAGCUGUCUGAGAUGCUGUCGCAUGUUUUGGAUGAAGAGUCGAAUUCUGUUUUAAAGUUAGCUAAAAGCUUCAGAGAUGACAGUGUGGCUGAGGCUCUAUCUAGCUAUGUGGUCAAUCACAUCCCAAACAUUAAGAAGAAGGAGGAACUCUUCAGCCAGUAUCUGGCAGUACUAGAUAGUCUGUACAUUAGUAGCAACAACAAGCCAGCUGAGUCGGAUGUAGCAGCACUGAAUGAAUUUUGGGGUAUGUGGCUUCUUACAGAAUACACUGAGGAUAAAUCCAUCAGUACAUUGAAACAAAGUCUGAAAGAAAGCCUAAACAAAGCCAUGCAGAAACUCAAGAAGGGAGAAUCUCCUUUAUCGAACUUGCACCACUACACCCUUUAUGGUAGUGAACUUCGAAAGAAGGGAAAGCUUUCUGAGAGCAUCAGCAUGUACACCAAAGCCAUAAAGGAGGACCACUGCUGGGCCGCUGUGGCAUACUACAACCGAGCGUUUGCAUGUCUAACCCAGCAAAAUCAGCACCAGGAUCCUAACUGCAUUGAUCGAGCCAUUGGGGAUUUGCGAAAUGCUCUCAAGUCUGUCGAUCUCUACUGUGAACAGCUUGAUGUGACUCAUAGGUAUGCCGGGAAGCAAACCAUCAGACUGACAAGAUUUGACCACCAUAUUGUGGCCAGGCGCACUGUUUUGGUGUCCUUCAAAGCAAACAUUUUCAUAGCAAUACAGAAGUUAGAUACCGCCAGAGACAGAGGUGGAUAUGUAAAAGUGGAUGAGAAACUUGUCUACUUCCUUGCCUCUCGGGAGCACAUUAUUCCAUUGGCACUACUUUCCUUGGGAUCUGUCGGGGUCAUACGUUCCAGAGACCCUCUGAGCAGCCAGCAACUCAUCAGCCACCCGUCCUUUGAUGUCUUCAUUGAGCUCCACAGUCUAGAAUCUAUUGGCCUGACUCGUAUCUACGAGUUAGACACGCUCUUCUCUGUGGCUGGACUUUUUUCAAAGAUAGCUAGGAUUCUGCGGUCGUGAUUGGAUGGCUGGACAAUUUUCCUGGUGGCCGAGAAGGUGUUUUGAUCAUUGCAGCCAAAGUUACUUAAGGUUUUUUUUUUUUUCAAAAAAAAGAAAAGAAAAUCCGCAGAAAUGACUUGAAACAGUGAUUAAAGAUUUAGUGUAAAUAAACAACAGAAACUGUAAUAUCACAGGACAAAGAUUAUAUCUGAUCAUUCUCUGUUUUUAGUUUCAGUGAAAACGUGAUGUUUUUCUGGGAGUAAUUGUGUCUCAUUUUAAUACAUAAUUCAUUAACCUAAGCAUAUAUUUUUAAUUACAUUUAUCCAUGAUUUACAACAUCGAGAUGAAUGAAUGAAUCAUUUCUUGUAAAACCUGUUUUUUAUGUUGCAAGAUCCAGACAUGAUUUAUGUAAUCUUGUUCAUUUUGCUUAACAAUUUGUUUUAACAUUGUUUUGUACUAACAAAAUUUACACCUGUAACGCUUCAUAUUUUAAUUAGUGUAGCGUCUGGGCAAAAACAGCCAAAUAUUAUCAGCUGAAAUGAAAAGAGACAUUCAAAAAUGAUUUUCUUUUAAUAUUCAAGGAGAAACUUUUUUAAUGAAAAUUUCUUAUGGAAAUAUAUUUUUUCUGGAUUGUUUGUUUUUGAUUUGACCCACUCAGCAUUCAUUUCCAUGUUCAUCCAUUUGUGGUUCAAGUGUAUUCCCUGAAUCAUGCAAGCGUAUCACAUUACUCAAAGCAUCUAUAUAUCUUUCCUGCCCCUGUGUGGUGGUUUAUGGUAACUAUUUAACAUUUUUCUUUGUCUUUUUGUAUAUUUUGAUCCAGCUGUGGGUCUAUUAAUCAAAAUUGUAUUGCAUUGAAUAGAUGGCAAAUGUCUUGAAUUGGAUUGUAUUUUUAGAAUGUCUGGAGAUUACAUUUGUUGUGAUUUCACACUAUAUAAAUCAAUGUUAAGUGAACUGAAGAUUGCAUGAUUUAAUGAGAUGAACAGAAUAGAUAUAGUGUUACUGAACAGCUGGUUUUAGUUCAUUUAAUGUAAAACAAGUAAAAAUUAAUUGCAAGAUCAAUAAACCUUUGAAUUUAGUAAAUGUGUUCUUAACAUGUCCAAUAAUAUACUUAUGAAGGCAAAAUCAUGUCCUUGUAAAAUUACAAUAAUGUGAUACUAAUAUGUUGCAAUAAGAAUGGUAUGCUGUUGACAGAAUAGUAGAAAUGUUUACAUUAGGAAUGUGUGGCAAUUAAACCUGUUUACCGCAUUCAA